AUGACCAUCACCUUUUCAACACCUUAUUACACACAGGGUAAUGGUCAGGCCGAGGCCAGCAACAAGGUUAUUAAGGUGAAUUUGUCAAAAGUCAUUGAUGAUAAUCCAAGGUCUUGGGCAGAAAUGUUAUUAGAGGUUCUUUGGACCUUUAGGACUUCAAAGAGGACAGCAUCAGGAACUGUCCCUUAUGCACUAACUUUUGGUCACGAUGCUGUCUUACCUAUGGAGUUGAUCGUAAAGUGUCUACGGGUAGCAAGGCAGUAUGAGCCGACUCCCAGGGAGUAUUCCGACUCCAUGAUGGCUGAGCUUGAGGAUUUGGAUGAGGAGCGAUUAUUGGCUCUCGACCAAAGUCAAGCUCAAAAGUUAAGGUGGUUAAGGCAUAUAAUAAGAAAGUCAAGCCCAAGCCAUUAG